AUCCAGCUAUGGAUAUGGACAGUGCCAGCUCAGUGGUGCUGCAGGCCUUAACCCAAGCUACCAGUCAGGACACAGCUGUGCUCAAGCCUGCGGAGGAGCAGCUCCGGCAGUGGGAGACCCAGCCAGGCUUCUACUCAGUCCUCCUGAAUAUCUUCAACAACCAUAUGCUGGAUGUGAAUGUCAGGUGGCUGGCGGUUCUGUACUUCAAAAAUGGCAUCGACAGAUACUGGAGGAGAGUUGCGCCUCAUGCAUUAUCAGAAGAGGAGAAGACGUCAUUGCGUGCUGGUCUCAUCACAAACUUCAAUGAGCCUGUCAAUCAGAUAGCAACCCAGAUCGCUGUACUGAUAGCCAAGGUGGCCCGUCUGGACUGCCCCAGGCAAUGGCCGGAGCUCAUCCCCAUUCUGCUCGAGUCUGUGAAGGGUCAGGAUGGCCUGCAGCAGCACAGAGCGCUGUUAACCUUCUAUCAUGUCACCAAAACUCUAGCAUCCAAACGACUGGCUCAGGACAGGCGACUUUUCCAGGAUCUGGCAUCAGGCAUCUACAGCUUUGCAUGCUCCCUGUGGAGCCAUCACACAGACUGCUUCCUCCAGCAGAUCUAUGCCAGAGAUGAGGCUGCGGCACUCGGCUCACUGGAGAGGACACUGCUCUCUCUUAAAGUGCUUCGCAAACUGACAGUCCAUGGAUUUCAAGAGCCACAACAGAAUAUGGAAGUAAUGGGGUUCCUGAAUGCAGUGUUUGAAAGGCUAAAACAGUUCUUGGAAUGCUGUCGCCAGGUUGGUUCAGACAGUACAUGCAGAGAAAAGCUGGAAAAGACCAUCAUAUUAUACACUAAAGUUUUGUUAGAUUUUCUGGAAUACCAUCCAUGUGCGUUUAUACCGCUAAUCCAGCGUUCCCUGGAGUUUGCUGUUACUUACGUGUUCACACCUGCAGGAGAGGGAGUGACCUUUGAGCGUUUUAUUGUUCAGUGCAUGAACCUCAUCAAGAUGAUUGUUAAGAAUGAUGCCUACAAACCUGCCAAGAACAUUGAUGACAGUAAACCAGAGAGCCUGGAAGCUCACAAAAUCAAGACAGCGUUUUUCACACACCCCACACUGACAGAGAUUGGCCGUCGACUUGUCUCUCACUACUUUCUCCUCACAGAGGAAGAACUGGCAAUGUGGGAAGAGGAUCCUGAGAGCUUUGCUGUGGAAGAGACAGGUGGCGACUCUUGGAAAUACAGUCUCCGGCCUUGUACAGAGGUAUUAUUCCUGGAUAUCUUCCACAACUACAGCCAGACCCUGACACCAGUUCUGCUGGAUAUGGUUCAGAAUCUCCAGGGCCCAACCAGUGUGGAAGACUCUGUUCAGUUGCUAAUGAAGGAUGCAGUAUACAAUGCAGUGGGAUUAGCAGCCUAUGAACUGUUUGACAAUGUGGACUUUGACCAGUGGUUCAAGAAUCAGCUACUUGGAGAGCUACAAGUCAGCCAUCACAGGUACAAGUUGAUUCGCAGACGAGUCAUCUGGCUAAUAGGACAGUGGAUCUCUGUCAAGUUCAAAUCUGACCUUCGACCUCUACUCUAUGAGGUUAUCUUAAGUCUCAUGCAGGAUCCUGACUUGGUGGUGCGGAUCGAGACAGCUACAACUCUGAAACUCACUGUUGAUGACUUUGAGUUCCGGACAGAACAGUUCCUCCCAUAUCUUGAGUCCAUCUUUGGGCUGCUCUUCCAGUUGUUGCAGCAGGUGACAGAGUGUGACACUAAGAUGCAGGUGCUUCAUGUCAUCUCCUGUGUCAUCGAGAGAGUAAACAUCCAGAUACGGCCCUAUGUAGGCUGUCUAGUUCAAUACCUGCCGCUGCUCUGGAAGCAAUCUGAAGAACACAACAUGCUUCGGUGUGCCAUACUCACUACACUUAUCCACCUGGUACAGGGACUUGGGGCAGAAAGCAAGAACCUGUACCCUUUUCUUCUUCCUGUCAUCCAGUUGAGCACUGAUGUUUCGCAGCCGCCACAUGUGUAUUUGCUGGAGGAUGGACUGGAGCUUUGGUUGGUGACUUUGGAGAACAGCCCAGCCAUCACCCCGGAGCUGCUCAGAAUUUUCCAGAACAUGUCAGCUCUGCUAGAGCUGAGCUCCGAGAACCUGCGUACAUGCUUUCAGAUUGUUAAUGCCUACAUAUACUUGUCUGCCACAGAGUUUCUGCAAAACUACGCAGAAUCCUUGUGUCGAUCAUUUUGUGACCUGCUGAAAGACAUCACAAAUGAAGGGCAGGUGCAAGUGCUCAAGGUGGUAGAGAUAGCUUUAAAGGUUAGCCCCAUACUGGGAGCCCACAUGUUUCAGCCCCUGCUGCCAGCUGUCUUCAGAGGUAUUGUGGAUGGUGAGAGAUAUCCCGUGGUGAUGUCCACCUACCUAGGCAUCAUGGGUCGUGUCCUGCUCCAGAACUCCAGUUUUUUCUCCUCUUUGCUUAGUCAAAUGGCUUCUGAGUGCAACCAGGAGAUGGACCAGUUGUUGGGCAAUGUUAUAGAGAUGUGGGUUGACCGAAUGGACAACAUAACUCAGCCUGAGAGGAGGAAGCUCUCGUCGCUGGCUCUUCUUUCCCUUCUGCCAUCUGACAACAGCGUGAUCCAGGACAAGUUCUGUGGCAUCAUCAACAUCUGUGUUGAGGCAUUACAUGAUGUAAUGACAGAAGAUCCUGAAACGGGCACUUUCAAAGACUGCAUGCUGAUGAGCCAUUUUGAAGAGCCCAAGCUGAGUGAUGAUGAGGAGCCACCAACUGAGCAGGACAAGAGGAAGAAACUGUUGGCCCUGGAGGACCCAGUGCACAGCGUUUCUCUCCAGCAGUUUGUCUAUGAAAAGCUGAAGGCGCAGCAGGCCCUGAUGGGGGACCAGGGCUUUGGGGUCCUGAUGGAAACUGUGGACACAGAGCUCGUCAGGCAGCUCCAGGAAUUCCUCCAAGGCCUCUAAAUCACAUCUAAAGUCCUUCACUACCUUACAGAAACAUCCUUGCCUAAUGCUACCCUCUACCCCGAUUUUUGAAAAUGUACUGGAAAGGCUAACAAUCUGCCUGACGUGUGGACUCCUAAUUCAAACUUCCCCAACCUCUGCCCAUGCUAUGCCUUAUCUAUAUUCAAAACCUAGCCUUGUUGACUGUCCUGAGCUAAUAACCCAUGUUCUCUAUUAUAAUCUUAUUUCAUGUCCUUUCCUUUUUAUAAAGACUGAGUUUAUGUGGGUCAGAGUAUCUUCACGUUUUUAAAACACCCACAUGAGAACAUCAGCGCACUAGAGCUUCCACUCAAUACUUACAUUUUUUUAUUUUUUUUAUUUUUUUUUUCCACUCUUUGUGGUUUUGGUGUGAAAUGGGUAGAAAAUUGAAGAAAUUGUAUUCAUGUUGGGAGGGUUGGGGAGUAUGAAGAAAAAAAAUUGUCUCCAGUGCCAGAGUAGGAGCCUCGGACUAUUUUCUAUGGAAAAAACAUACAGAUUGUAGCAGAAAUGGGGAUAAACCAAAUCUGAAGGACCUGAAGCAGUGUUUACAGAAUCUAUUCUUAGAAGAGAAAAAAAGAAAUGUAAUUUUGUAUGUAUGUAAAGUAUGGAUGAUAUUCUGCCUGACAUUAUUUGUAGUUUGUUUUUAUCAUGUUAAUUUUGCUUCAAUUUUUUUUUUAUUAUAAUUUUGUCAUAACCUGAGGUCAAGCUGAAGUAACUACUGAGAGAAUGUUUUGGGGGUUUUUUGUAUGGUGGUUUAGACUUGUGUUUCUUUGUUUUGUUUUUUGAUUGCAAAAUGGGAGAUUUUUAAAUGGUUGAGUGCUGAACCAUGUUUAUACAUACAUACCGCUGCUAACUGAUGGUGUGUCGGAGCACUUUAAUAACCAAAACUGUCACGUGUUUUCAAUUCUUUUCACAUCAGUAUGCUUAACCAGAGUAGUAGAAGGCCUCAGAGUAGUACGACAGGAUUGUGCAAACAAGGCUGAAGUUGCAUUAAGACUUUUAUCUUUAUUUACUGCCAUUUAUCACAUCUCCAUGUUGUCUUGGACACACACACACUCACACAAAAAAACUUAUUGCAAAUGUGACAUGUGUUAGGCUUCGUCAUCACAAUUUAAUUUGGAAGAUUUUAAUUAAUUGCGGCAUGUGUGGCUGCUAUCAAGUGGCAUUCUGAGCCACUGAAAAGAAUCAAAAUGGAAAGUUCCUGCCGCCCUUUUUUUUUCUCUCAGUUGGCCUAUAGUUAGUGACAUUUUGAUAUAUUUGAGAGGAGUAUUUUUUUUUCUUGUGUUCUAUCUUAAAAUGAUUAAUAAUUAGGAAGUUAGAAAAGUUAUAAAUUACUGUAUAUUGGCACUUAAGUAUUUAAUAGUUGCAUUUUUACACACACAAUAUUUUGCAGUUUGAGACUCAUUUACAUAAAAAGUGUGUGUGUGUGUUUUUUUUUAAUGGUUUAAUACAGUUUUCUUCCAUCCUGGUGUGUUUUAACCUCAUUGGGAAAGUGAUGACCCUGACACUAGCUCCUUUGACACUGUGAUAAGAGUUGAGUAGCAGUCAGAAUUACAGCCUUAUGCUUUCAGCCUUACCUACUUGUGAAACACUUUUUUUUGCUAUUAUGUUCAUUUCUUAACUAGUUUAACAGUAUAAGAUUUCUUCACUUGUCAACUGUUGAUGGACAUCAUGAAGUUUGCUUUGGGCACCACAAAGUAGAGCGAUAUUUUUGGGUUAUAACUAUUGGUUAUGUUUCAUGGGGAAAAUACUUAUUGCUUUUUCCAAAGCCUUCAAUAAAAUGCAGUAAUC